UGAUCAAGUCUCACAAGACAAAAUGGCGGCCUCCAUACGAACAGUGUUGAUCUUGAAUCUUGUACUGAUUUUUGUGAAUUUGAGUAUUGUUUCGUGUCUCCCGAGGUUUCUCCGUGGGCGACCAAGACAUGGAAUGCUUGGAGCUCCUAAAUUGCUCCAGGGGUCUGUUCUACCCCCGGAUAUGUGGAUGACACAAAGAUUAACGCAUUUCAACGAUGCAGAUACAAGAACAUGGCAACAGAGAUAUUUUGUCAAUGACACUUUCUAUAGACCCGGAGGUCCAAUCUUUGUAAUGAUUGGAGGAGAGGGUACAGCCAAUCCAGCGUGGAUGCUGCAGGGAGCCUGGAUAGAAUAUGCCAAGACUUAUAAAGCCAUCUGUUUUCUGCUUGAGCAUAGAUUUUAUGGAAAAAGCCACCCUACAUCUGACUUGAGUGUGGAUAAUUUGCAGUUUCUGAGCAGUGAACAGGCUCUUGCUGACUUGGCCUACUUCAUCCAGUAUGUCAAACAAAAAUACAAGUUAUUGUCAGAUAAACAGAAACUUAUAACCUUUGGAGGCUCAUACCCAGGUUCCCUGUCGGCCUGGUUCAGACUUAAGUACCCCCACCUGGUAGAUGGUGCGGUGGCCACCAGUGCACCCAUUGUGGCCAAACUAAAUUUUAAAGAGUAUUUACAAGUUGUUGUUAGUUCCUUAGCAACCGCAGGACAGGGUUGCAAUAAAAACAUUAAAAUGGCUACUGAUGCCAUCACAGAUAUGCUAAAGACUGAUGAAGGGAAGAAAAAUGUGGAAAAGAUGUUUAAAGUAUGUGAUCCUUUGGAUACUUCAACAUAUCUUGAUGGUGCAAAUCUAUUUUCCAACUUGGCAGGGAAUUUUGAGGGUGUGGUGCAAUACAAUAAAGAUAACAGGGCAUUUGAGGGUGCCAUUGGAACUAAUAUAACAAUAGACACUAUUUGUGGCAUCAUGACAGAUGAGAGCACAGGGUCCCCUCUAGAGAGAUACGCCAAGGUCAAUGACCUGAUGUUGUCUACGUACUCACAGAAAUGUCUAGAUAACAGCUAUAACAGUAUGAUUAAACAGUUACAGAGUGUGUCAUGGAAUGCUAGUGCAUCAGAGGGAGGUAGACAAUGGAUGUACCAGACUUGUACAGAGUUUGGAUUCUUCCAGUCAUCAGACCUUGGAGAUUCACAGCCAUUCGGAAACUUUUUUGAUGUCAACUUCUCUAUACAACAAUGUAUUGACAUCUUUGGACCCAAAUUUAACCAGAAUCUAAUACAACAAGGAAUAAACAGAACCAAUACAGAUUAUGGGGGAAUGGGGAUGAGAGCCUCCAGGAUUGUGUUUCCCAAUGGAUCUAUUGAUCCCUGGCACUUCCUUGGAUUUACCAAGGAUUUAUCCAAAGAAUCUCCAGCAAUUUUCAUCCAAGGAACAGCCCACUGUGCUAACAUGUACCCUGCUGCCAGCAAUGACCCACCACAACUAGUACAGGCAAGGGCUAACAUAGAGAAACUCAUUGGAACCUGGCUUAUGUAGAAAACAUACCAACAUUUCUUUUCACAAAAAAAAAUGUGCCAUGUGUGAUUCUUUCAGAAUUGUUAACUGUGUAUCACCGGGUAAUUACAGCAUUUACAAAGUCAAAUAUCUGAGGCUGACAAUUCA